ACAUUUGAGAGACCGGGGAGGCUGCUACAACCACACAGUAGCUCCCCCAGAGGCGUGCGGAUCCUUGUCGUCAUGAAAUAGCUAUUCGGGCGGUUGGAUCGAGCGGCCCAAAGGGUGCGAAAUCGAACACGGAAACGGCACCGCGAAAGCUCGAACACUAUGGGGUGCUGUGUCUCUCGGGACGGGAGCGUGAACUCUCCCUAUGCAGGCGGUGCUGCCACCGGCUCUGCCCGGGCAAUUAACGAAACCCCUCAAGCGGCGGGCCCCUCUGGCUCUCAGACGGGUGUCGACGAGACACCUGUCUCCUCUAGCUUGCAUCGCCGUCGCAGGCACUCUCAUCAACCCCUAGCCCAGCAUAUCAAUAAGCGCCUGCGACGGCAUGAAUGGACCAGCCACAACCGCCAAUGGACCCUAGCGGCUCUACGACAGGAGAGAAUCGAAUUCUUCGACACAAGAGUAACCGGGAGGCAGGAGAUCUGGCAGACUCUGCACGCUGCCCUUGAGGUGCUGUGGACGGCGGACGAUGCCGCCCGCAAUGGCCAGUUCAGGCGGACGAGUGAGGACGAUGGGCCGAGCGAAGAAGACCCGGCAGUGGCCCUGGCGACGGCACAGAGCAUCCUUGACGCGGCCGACAUCACGUUGCCCACUGGGGACUUGUCCAAUGGAGCGUACGAUGCAUUCGGCAACUACUACCCAUUGCCGGAGCACAUAGUCGCCGAUCCCACCAAUCUACUGUGGAAGCCUGGCGCAGCCGAGAAUGGUGACCUGAAGAAUGCGAAAGCCGAGCUUGUAGCCGGCGAGGAAUCUGGACGUGAAGAUGGCGAGGAGGAGGCUGAGCGGCGACGCGAGGAAAAGGGCAAGGCUGUGGUCGAUGCCCGAGAUCAAAUCACGAUCAGGGCAAGACUGAGUGACGGGUCCCGAGACGUCAAGGUGCGGGCAGGAAAAGGAGACUCAGUCCGGCGUAUAGCAAGACUGGUUGCGGAGGAAGCGCAGCUUCAUUCCGACAAGAAGAUACGCAUUGCCUACAUGGGGAAGAUUCUCCAUGAGGCAGCUCCGCUGUCAGCCCAGGGUUGGAAGCAAGGGCACGUCAUCAAUGCAUUGGUGUUCGACCGGUAGGGCCGUUGUGCACAGUGGUUGGAGGACGAGCCGUGCCAGUCCUGUCCUCCAGUUUCCGGAGCUACCCGCCAGAUGCUCGUCCAUCUCUCCACUGAGCAUUCUCUUGACGACGCAGAUGCAACUGACUCAUCUGAAACCGCACUCCUAUUGCCUGGCCCUCGCACUGCCGGAUCUGGUCGCCCGGUUUCCA